AUGACGAUGGGCAGCAAGGGCCCUACAGCAGUAUGUGAGUGUAGGCGCCAGAAACCAGCAGCAGCAGCAGCAGCAGCAGCAGCAGCGGGAGCAGCAGCAGGAGGAGAUGAUGCAGCAGCAGGGCCUAUUGAGGGUUUUGCUGCUUGGGAAACAACAAAAAAACAAAAACAACAAAAAAAAGAAAUAGAGGGAAACAACGCCAGGAUGGCUCAGGGGUUAGGAGCUACACUAAAGAUAGCUCAGCUGCUGCGAGAGAAGGCCCCUGAGGCUCAGCAGCUGCUGCAGCAGCUGCAGCAGCAGCAGCUGCAGCAGCAGCCUGCAGCAGCAGCUGCUGCUGCUGCAGCAAACGCAGCAAAUGCUGCAGCAAAUCAUGUUGCUGCUGCUGCUAGCCAACCCAUACUUAUGCCCACUGCACCUGCUGCUUCAUUUGUAAAUGCUGCUGCUGCUGCUCCUCCUGCUGCUGCUGCUGGGUUCCCUGCUGCUGCUGCUGCAACGAUGCAGCAGCAGCUCCCCGUCGCCGUCCAAGGAUUCACUGCAGCAGCAGCAGUACCCCCACCUGCUGCAGCAGCUGUACCUGCAGCAGCAGCAGCUGUACCUGCAGCAGCAGCAGCAGCAGCAGCACCCUUCAGCAGCAGCAGCAGCAUGGGGGUCGCUCCCCAGGGAGUUGUCUUCGGUGCAGCAGCAGGAGAAGCAGCAGCAGAUACCCCUGCUAGCAUGCUGCAGCAGCAGCAAGACCUGCAGCAGCAGCAGCUGCUGCAGCAGCAACUUGUUAGCCAACAGCUGCUGCAGCAGCAACUGCAGCAGCAGCAACUGCAGCAGCAGCAACCCUUCUCUCCCGCUGCUGCUGCCAGCAACUCAGCAGCAAUUCACUCUCUCUCUCUCCCGCAGCAGCAACCGAAUUACCUGCAGCAGCAGCAGCAGCAGCAGCAGCAGAAUCUGCUGCAGCAGCAAGACUUGCUGCAGCAGCAAAACCUGCUGCAGCAGCAGCAAGACUUGCUGCAGCAGCAGAACAUGCUGCAGCAGCAGCAAGACUUGAUGCAGCAGCAGCUGAUGGCUGAGCAGCCACUCUCACCAACGCUGUCGCAGCAGCCGCUGCAGCAGCCGCUGCAGCAGCAGCAGCUGCUGCAGCAGCAGCUGCAGCAGCAGCAGCAGCAGCUCAUUGAUCCCCUGCUGCAGCAGCAGAUGCAGCCGCAGCUGCAGCAGCAGAUGCAGCCGCAGCUGCAGCAGCAGCAAUACCCUUCCCAGUAUCAGCUGUUUACAUCUGCGCAGCAACUUGAGCAGCAGCUGCAGCAGCAGCAGCAGCAGCAGCAACUGUCGCAGCAGCAGCAGCAGCAGGCUCCCCCAGUCCUCCCCCACCAACACAUGAUGCCGCCGCCCCCUCAGCAGCAGCAGCAGCAGCACCAACCCGUGCUGCAGCAGCAGCAGCAGCAGCAGCAACCUCUACUGCCCCUUCUAGGGGGCCUAAACGCUUCGCAGGCGACUGACGUGGCAGCUCGUGCUGCUGCUGCAGUAGGAGCAUUCAUGCGCGGCAACAGCAGCAGCAGCAGCAGCAGCAACAGCAGCAGCAGCAGCAGCAGCAGCAGCAGCAGCAAGAAGAUUGAUUGGGUUGAUAGGAUUGCUGAUACGCUGCUGCAGGAGGGAAACAAAACCCCAGCUGGUGCUGCAGUAAACAGAGCAUUCGAUGACUUUCUUACGGUUGCACAGAGAGCAUAA